AUGGCUGUUCCUGUCUAUCUUCACAUUGUUCAAUAUUGUGCGUUUGUCAUCGCAAUUGUGUCUAAUUGUCUUUUAUUGCAUUUAAUUCGAAUGCGAGCUGGAGCAUCGUUUGGCAGAUAUCGCGUUCUGAUGAUCUCAUUUUCGAUUUAUGCCAUUGUGUAUGCUAAUAUUGAGAUAUUUACUCUUCCAGUGAUGUACAUCCAAGGUUCCGGGAUGAUCUUCUAUGUGGAUAGUUUUCUCAAAUACCAUCAAAAUGCAGGGUUACUAAUUGCUAGUAGGCCACAACUUCCCAAUUUUUUCCCAAAUCAAAAUUUCAGUUGUUUACUGCGGAUGCCUAGCUCUCUGUAUCUCCAUGCUUUCGACUCACUUCAUUUUCAGAUAUAUUGCUGUUUGCAGGUGCCCCAUUCCCAACUCAGUUUUGUCAUUAUCCAGUUUUCCAGACAACAAAAUAUCCAAAUAUUCAACGGAAACAAAAUAUAUUUCCUUUUUCUUCCCCCAUUCACUCUUUUCAUCAUUUGGGCUAUAGAAAUGUAUACAUGUUAUAGACCGGAAGAGAUCAAAAGGGAUUUCUUUCGGAAAAUAAUAACAGAUCUUUACGAAGAAGACAUUGACCAGAUUGCAUUCAUUGCACCGUUGUAUUAUACUCGCCAGAAAGAUGGAAGUGUGCUCUAUCGAAUUCCAGAUCUAAUUGGAUGCCUGAUGAGCUGUGGAAUAAUGGGUACCUGCUUCACAACCUGCAUAGUUUGUGCUUAUAAAACAUAUAAUAAACUUCACGACGUUUCAAUUCGAAUGAGCAAACGAACUCGGUCACUCAGUAAACAAUUAUUCUGGAGUCUCGGUCUUCAGACUCUUCUUCCUUGCGUUACCCAGUACAUCCCGGUUGGAUUAGUCUUCGUACUCCCACUUUUUGAAAUUGAAGUUGGAAAAUAUAUCAAUUUUGUCGGUGUCACAUGUAGUUUGUAUCCUGCUCUGGAUCCAUUAAUUGCGAUAUUCAUAAUUGAUCGAUUCAGAAAUUAUUUAUUGAGAAGGGAGAAAGCUUCAGAAGGAAAAAUUUCGCAGAUUUCCACAUACAAAUCCCAAAGAGAUAGUUCAUUAGCUUGA